AUGGGUAGGUUGAGACGCUUUGUAAAAGGAGAAUCACUAGAGAUUUCAGCACCUACAAAUGUCCAGCAGUUUGUUCGCAGCUUCAACCAUAGCGUUAUCGUUGUCUGUAUACACGGCUUUAAGGCUGAAAACAAAUACGAAUUGACUACUCACAAGGGGAAUAUUUUGAAAGUAUUGGAACGUCCUGGAAAUGGAUGGCUUUUAGUACAAUUCAUAGAUACAGUGAACAAAUACGGCUUGAUACCAGCAAAAUAUGUUGAUAUAGCAGUCAAUGACCCUUUGAACCCAAUUACAUUACAAUGGUUACAUCAAAUUGAUGAACUAUCAUCGAUUACUAGCGAACCACAUAGCCGGUCUAAAGAUUUAAGCAAGGCUGAUGGUUCACCUAUUUCAACUCAUACCAAUACAUAUCCGAAAUCUGCGACAAUUUCCAAUGUUCUCUUGCUAGAAAAUAGAUACUGGUACAGAUUGGACAUAAAAUAUUCAGAUAAAAAUAAAACAUAUCUACCUCGGUACUAUGAAGAUUUCUAUAACUUGCAUGGAUCAUUAUUAGAUAUGGUCGGUAAAACAGAUACCCCAUCAUCAUUGCCCAAAUUACCUGAACCCAUUGCUUGUACAACACCGUCACAAUCAAAUGUUUUGAAUGAAGUGUUACUAAAUCGCUGUAAUGAUUUAAGCAUUUACUUAAAUCAUUUCUUUGCUGACAAGAGAUUCCGAAAGUCGAAAGUUCUACAUGAAUGGUUGAAUAUUUCCUACCGAGAUUUAGGAGGUCUAAUAGGUCAUCCACAUUCUAAUUAUACUAAUGAGGAAAUUUCAAAGAGAAUUCUGCCAUACUCUGUUGACAUUAUAACUGACAUGACUUCAAGGAACCACAACAAUGAUCAUGUCAUAGUAAGCAAACCUACGUCAUCAACAUAUUCUAAAACGUAUAAUUUCAAUUCAAAAAAUCAAUUAGGAGAAAAUGGUUCAUACAAGUCAAUUCGAUGCCCACCACCAAAAUUGACUGUAAACACUUCAAAUCAUAACUAUAAUAAUUCAGUUGGUUCUCACUCCGAAACCUCGAUUUUUUCAGAUGUUGAUUCUGCGAAAACUCCUGAUACUCCAUUCUCAUUUUCACAUUCUCAAUAUAUAUUGAAAGAUAAUUAUGUCAAAGUGAAAGUCAUCAAACCAAAUGAGGACAUUGUUGUCCUAAAAAUUGACCGGAAUGAUAUUAAGUCUGCCGUCGAUUUGAAGAGGUUGGUAAGCGCGAGAAUUUCCUACGAAAAUUUACAUAUCAAAUUACAAGACUUUAAAUGCAUCGAUUCACCCAGUUACAAUUUCAACCAAGUUUUAAACGAAUCUGAAAAGAUCGUUCUUAAGGCAGCAUGA